GCCAUGACUGGGUGCCCCACUAUUCCCGUCUAGCCAGCAUAGCCCACGCCGCGACGUCGCGAAAAAACAGCGAGAUUGGGAGAGGCGAGAACCACUGUCGGUUAUUCAGCGGCGCCGCCCAACACCUAGGGUUCGAAACAAGUAUCGCGUCCACCCCACGCGCCACUCCGUUAAGGGCGCAGAGCCAAGAUCUCGCCCAGCCCAUGCCUAGCACCUCCACAUUUCGCAACUAGCCUGCACCCAACCGCGCGCCUGACAACUGCCCCUAGGACUCGCCCACGCAGCCCUGCCUGCACGCGCCAAGCUCCACCGAAUCCGCGGUCCGCGAUCCUGAAAUGAGUAGGUCCAACAUCCUUGUGCGCGCCUAGCCGCACCAAUACCUGCCGCACUCAGCGCAUUGCCCACCCUGCUCACGCGCCUCCACCCUCAUCCGCGCAGUUGCCGCAAGAAACCCCGGCUCCACGACGCCAUCCCUUCCACACCCACCUCCGAUCCCCUGCCCUGCUCCAAUCUCCGCCUGCGCCCGCUCCAUUCCUCGCCUUUCCCCGCACCAAUCCCCACCGCACCCUGCUCCAAUCCCCGCCUUUUCCCGCUCCAAACCCCUCCUUGCCCCGCUCCAAUCCAGACGGGGGGACAGGGAGAGCUCACCCCCCUUCCCCUUCUCCCAUGCUCCCUCCACGUCUCCCAUGCUCACUCCCUUUCCCCCAUGCCCUCAACCCGUGCCCUCACCCCUUCUCCCAUGCUCCCUCCCCCUCUCCCAUGCUCACCCCUCUUCUCCCAUGCCCUUAUCCCCUCUCCCAUGCCCUCCCCCAUUCUCCCAUGCUCCCUCCCCCUCUCCCAUGCUCACCCCCUUCUCCCAUGCUCCCUCCCCGUUUCCCAUGCUCACUCCCCUUCCCCCCCCAUGCCCAAACCCUGUGCCCUCACUCCGUCUCCCAUCCUUACCCCCCUUCUCCCAUGCUCCCUCCCCCUCUCCCAUGCUCACCCCCCUUCUCCCAUGCUCCCUCCACGUCUCCCAUGCUCACUCCCUUUCCCCCAUGCCCUCAACCCGUGCCCUCACCCCUUCUCCCAUGCUCCCUCCCCCUCUCCCAUGCUCACCCCUCUUCUCCCAUGCCCUUACCCCCUCUCCCAUGCCCUCCCCCAUUCUCCCAUGCUCCCUCCCCCUCUCCCAUGCUCACCCCCCUUCUCCCAUGCUCCCUCCCCAGUGGGUGUGGCAGCACCCCCCCUUGCCUGCCACCUCCGUGUUUCGCAUAUUGCCCUCAUCUCUCCCCCCCCUUCUCCCCACCACACCCGCAUCCCCUGCUCUCCCGCCCUCCUGCUCUCCCGCCCUCCUGCGAUCCUACCAACCCCCCCCCCCUGCUCUCGCGCUCUCCAGCCGCCCUGCUCUCCCACUCUCCCUCUCACCUGCUCCCCCUGUCUCCUGCUCUCCCACUCCCCCUGCUCUCCUGCUCUCAUGCUCACCCGCUCUCAUGCUCUUCCGCUCACCUUCUCAUCCAUAAACUCUCCCGCUCUCCCAUGCUGUAUCCCACCCCAUGCUGUAUCCCACCCCAUGCUGUAUCCCACCCCAUGCUGUAUCCUCCCCCAU